GAUGCUCAGUAUUGGCCGAGGCUUCCUGAAGCGAGUCUUAUUCCUGGCUCCAUCGGCAGUGCGAUCGGCAGCAAUGAGUGCACAGCCAAAAGAUUGGCAUAAGGCCAAAAACAUUUAUGAGUUUAAUGCCAAAGACAUCGAUGGCAAUGAAGUCUCUCUGGAAAAAUAUAGGGGAUUUGUCUGCAUCAUCACAAAUGUAGCCUCCAAAUGAGGAAAGUCCUCCGUAAAUUACACUCAGUUUACUCAGCUUUACACUCAGUACUCUGAGAAAGAUUUACGGAUUUUGGCUUUUCCUUGCAAUCAGUUUGGCAAGCAGGAGCCUGGAGAUGAGGGACAAAUCAAAGAAUUUGCAGAUAAAUUUCACGUAAAGUUCAACAUGUUCAGCAAGAUUGAUGUGAAUGGAGACAGUGCUUCCCCUCUCUGGAAGUGGAUGAAGGAACAGCCAAAAGGAAAAGGGCUUCUAGGGAAUGCUAUCAAAUGGAACUUCACCAAGUUUCUUAUUAACAAAGAAGGGCAAGUUGUCAAGCGGUAUUCUCCAAUGGAUGAUCCUUUGGUGAUUGAAAAGGAUCUUCCUAAAUAUUUAUAAAAACCAGUGGAAAUGGUUGAUGGAAUUUGAACUCGAUGUGGUGAAUUUUUAAUCCUGGCCAAUGAUGGUCUGCUGGCAAACCUGCUGCAGGGACAGUGGACCUGAUGAUGCGUGCAUCCAGGAAGAAAUUCUGAACACAUUGAGUUUCUUGGCAAAUCUCUGCUGUAUAUUCCAUUAACAAUGAUAAUUGUACAGAACUACCUUACACUGUUGAAUUCCUUAAUAAUGGCAAUAAAUCAUAACACUCAAGCAA